CAGAACUAUUUCUCUCUCAUUCACGAAUUCACGAUGCGCUUUUAUCCGACAUUGGCUUGUGUUGCCUUUCUUGCUUCUGGCGUUCGAGCGCAUUUGCCUCACCACAAGCACGCGCGAAACAGCGACGCUUUGACCGUCUCUCUGGAGCCUGUUUCUGGGCAAUCGACGCAGAUCAAUGUCUCCAUUAAGAACGCCGGACCUACUGAUCUGAGUCUCCUCAAGAUCGGUACAAUUCUUGACGAGCGACCUGUCAAGAAACUCUCAUUGGAGGACCAGAGCGGAAAUGAGGUGCCUUUCAUGGGCAUUGAGCUGAGCCUGUACUACGAUGGACUCAAUACCAAUCACUUUGAGACGCUCAAAACUGGGUCAUCUAUCUUUCGAGUUGUUGACUUGUCGACCAUUUAUGACUUGAAACCCGGCACAUACUCUGUGUAUGCCGAGGGUAGUCUCCCUGCCGUAUCUGAGGAAUCCAGCAAGCCAACUCCUGUGUCGCUGAAGUCUGAACCCAUCUCUAUCAAGGUUGCCAAAGCUUCAUCAGCCGAGGCAAAGCAACAAGCAUCAAAGCGUACCAUUCUCCAGGAAGACUCAUGCACCGCCGACAAGCUCGAACUCACAGCCAACAGCGUGAAGAACUGCGAGACUCUUGCUCGAGCCGCAGCGAAAGAUGCAUCUGACGUUCACUCCGCGAGAUUCGUCGAGUACUUCAAGUCCAACGAGACCAAGGCUCGCGAACACGUUACAGGCCGACUUCUCGCCGUUGCUGAAGAGUGUUCUACUUCGGACAGUGGCAACACACGAGUCUUUUGCAGAGAUGAGAUUGGAUACUGUGAGAGCGACGGUCCGUUGAUCGCUUACACGACCUGGGUCAAUGGCUAUGUCACCAUGUGUCCGCUGUUCUACGACACGCUGCCACCUUUGCCACAAAAGUGCCAUAAGCAGGACCAUGCCACCACGACGAUUCACGAGAUGACGCAUGCUAGAGCCGUGUAUGAGCAGGAGGUUUCAACUCAGGAUUAUGCUUAUGGCUAUGAGAAUUCUACUGCUCUGGAUCCUCUGUCUUGCCUUUACAAUGCUGAUUCGUAUUCGCUUUACGCCAACGCGGUUUACUUGGGUUGUUAAUGGUAUCAGGUGGGAUAAAAGACGGUCCACCAAUGGUGGAGCUAUUUUCUGUUUGAUAUAGAUCGAUAAUGAACACCAAUCUAUUUAAUAGCUUAUCGUCUUAUCCCAACCAGUGAUCGCUCAAUGACAUAGUUAUCCCUCCGUGGUUCAUUCAUCGUUAUGGUGAACCAAAUGGGGCUUGUAAUAUCAGUAACUGUC